AUGGCAGAUCAUAUAAAUAAAUCACCUGAAGAUCUAAUCUAUUUUUUCUAAUAGAAUUACUUACAUCAAAUGCGUCGAAAAACACAUUAAACAAUAUUACAAGUAGAAAUUCAAUAGACAAAAUUUCAUAAAUCACAUUCUACUCAUAUUCCUUAACCAAUGGCUUCAGCUUAGAAUUUAUUUGAUGCAUAUAUCAAAGAAAGAUAAUAAAAACGUGAACUCAAUUAAUUACCAACCAAAUCUCAAAGCAAAUCAUCCAAAUAAUUGAAUUAGAUUUUUAUUAACAAUCGAUAGGUUAUAAAAAGAAAUCGUAUUACUUCAAUAUAACAAUAACCAGAUAAGAGUCUUGAAUAGAUAAUUUCACGUAAAAAGAGUGUAAAUAUAACAAUUUCUGAUUCAAAUCAAAAUUAAAAAAGAACAAUAGGUAGAAUUUUAUUGUAAAUAGAGAGAAGUGUGAUUGGUUGAUAAGACCUGGAAAAGUUCAUGUUGAUCGUAAAUAAAUCAAAUAAAUUAGACAUGAAACUAUAUUUAGAGAAACGUUCAAUCGUUUAAAUGGAUGGUAGAUUGAUAAUGAUAAUGACACUGAAUUCUGA